CCUUUGACUUGCAGGAAACUAAAAAUUCCUGCCUCUCUCCUUUGUCCCUCCCCCAUCUCUGAGACCGUCAAGGGCAAAAAGCCGCAAUGAAUGAACAGGGCUGGGCUAGAAGGGAAAGUGAAACUUCAGAGAGGGAAGGAGAGCCAGGCCGAACAAGACGGGGAGGAUUUUAGCGAGAUCCGUUACGAUGGGCGAAGAGGAUCCUGCUCAGGGAGAGAAGAGCCUGCAGCGGUUUUAUGCCGACAAGGUCUUCCUCUUAGGGGACAAAGACUGGAGGGUGGGAAAGAACUUUUAUGUGGUGAAGAGCACGGUAGAGAAGAUGGUGAAGUGGGCCUAUGAAUCCAGCAGCGGGUUAUACCCCAAGGACCCCGUCCCAGUGGGCAGCUACAGGGAAGGGCUGCAUCUUCAAACGGAGAGCAGUUCCAACGAUUUUGACUUCCUCAUCCCCGUGAGGUAUAACCCCACGUUGGCACUGAAAAGCGGGGGCAUCGCCAACGAUCCUGGCAGUUACGAAAAGAAGCUCCCCACCUACAUCUUCCGUGACCAAGGGGUGCCCGUGUUUCGCUCAGGCACCAAAGUCCUUGUGGACCUCGAGACUCUAGGAGAGACGUACGUGGAAGUCCACUGUCAUAAGCAAGCAGCGCGCCUGGAAGAUGAGGAGGAUGACACAGAUCUGGAUGAAUUUGAGGAGCGCAAGGAGAGCCUCAGCCACCACAAUCUGGACCCUUUUCAAAUCCUGAAGGACUUUCACCGAUAUAUAGAAAUCACCUUGGACCCAGAAUACACCCAUCCUCGGCAGAACGAUCCUGUUUUCCAGCAAAGGCUCUUCCCCUCCCGAGUACCCAAGAUAGACAACAGGAUAAGACAGAACAUCAAAUUAGAGGCCCUGGAUUUGGAGAGUCCCGCCAUUCAGCUGUCUUUCUGUGAAGGGACUGAAACUGUCCCAGUGAAGCUGCUGCCUGCCAUCCAGGGGGCCAUCAAGCUCUCCAACCAGUGGCUGAGAGAAGACCUCACCCACCUUUCCGACUGGUGGGAUGGGGACCUGGCCAACGAAAAGAAAAGUUUCCUCCGGAAAUCAGCAAUCAUUCAGGAAGUUGGGCCAGAGCUGGUAGCCCAGGGAGGAUUUUGGAGGUUCUCUUUCAGCCAUGCCGAGACCGUGAUGCUUGAGAAUGUUGAUGCUGACGGGGGGCAGAGAAAGGCAGCUUUGAGGCUGCUGAAGUUUGUCAACACAACAAAAUGGAUGCCGGAGUACGGCAAAAUCUUGACUUCCUACCAUCUCAAGACCAUUUUGCUGUGGUGCUGUGAAAUCUAUCCUGAGAAGGCACACUGGGAGACUCUGUUGUCCUCCCUGCAGGUCCUCCUGAGGCUCCUAAACCACACUCUUAUCAAGAGAAACCUCCCUCACUACUUCCUACAGGCCGUCAACCUCUUCCGCAGGCGCUACAAAUGCAGCAGUACUACCUACAGGCCCUUAGCCUUAGAGGUCCUGCGCUUUGAGGUCGAAGUGAUGCUGGCUGAUAUUGUGGGGUACCUAAUGCCAGAUCAUGAACUGCAGGACCACUGUACCCAUGAAGUGUCUGAGAAGAUUGUGGCUCUCCGGGAGUUUAAAGAAAAGCAUCAGGAAGACCUGAAGGAGCUGAAGGGGAUGGAGGAUGAACAUAUGUACGAGGAGAUGGAAAUAUUCAAAGCAUAGAGACUGAGUCCUACGUGAAGAACUAGAAACGUACAAGAACACUGUUGUUGUCCCAUGCAGCAUGGAACUAGCCACUCUGCCAGCUUUCCCAGUUUCAAGGAAUUCAGUUUUACUGAGAUUCCAGUCCUCAUGACCACAAAGGUAAAAGCCUGAACAUCAUGUGGACAAAAUCUGACAAAAGAUCAGAGAGGGGCAUCAAACAGUGAGGACAGCUAAGCCCUGAACACUCUUGCUCUCCUGCCCCAUCAACCCUGAAUGAGAGUCACUGUGGUGCAAUAGCUAGCAGGGAUAAGGAAUUAGUAAAGCCUCCAGAUGCGAUUGGACUACAACUCCCAUCAGGCCCUGCCACCAUUGCCAAUGGCCAGGUAUGAUGGGAGUUUUAGCCCAAGAGCAUCUGACUGAAGGGCCAUAGAUUUCCUAUCCUUGGGCUCAAUUGUUGGACUUCAGACUGAAGAGACCCAGGUCCACAUCCUCAUGCAGCCACAAAGCUUACUGGGUGAUCUUAUGCCAGCCAGCCAGCCACUGCCUCUCAGCCUAACCUACCACACGGGACUGUUGUGAGAAUAAGAAGGGAAGUAUGUAUGCUGCCCUGAAGGAUGGGAUAAAGACAAUACUAACAUGCAGUCAAAAUGUGUCCAUUUUUUUUCCAGUCUAAAAAAAAUGUUUUAUUGCACUUAACUUGAAAGAGAUUUAACGGCUUUUCGCUUGAGGUUUAUUCCAGUUCUGGAAGUGGAGAUUUCUGGUUACAACAAAUUGGGACAGUGCCCAAUUCCUUUCAUUGGUGGUGGUUGUUUUUUUAACUACAGCUUUAAACCCAUGAAAUUCACGCCCAAAGCACACGUGCUCAGGGGUGACAGGUUCAUUGUCUGCAUUUUCCUUGGUGGAAAGCACCAUCCUCCUAAGCCAACAACACAGCUGGCAGCUGUUCACGCAUCACUGGGCAGAGAGCUGCCUAGAGAGAGUGGGGCUGCCUGUUGUACACCUUGUCCAGUGUCAGCUUAUAAAGACAAGAGUUCGUUGAGCAUUAGGUGAAGGUGAGGGAAAAAGCCCGGUAACCAAAGUUGGUGAAGACAUCUAUGCAGUGGCUGCUUCCGGCAGCUGUCAGCACCUGAUGGUGGAGAGAAAUGGAAGAGACGGGUAAGGGGGCCAUGCGGCUUAGAGGCAGGUGAAUGCCCACCCUGGCCCACCUCUGCUUCUAACCUCAUCUACCACCUCUUGCAUGUUUGUCGUGCCAUUUCUGCCCCCUAGCACCCUUCCCAUGCAACAAAACAACUGUUCCAAAACGCAUGAGACUCGGCCAUUAGAAAAAGGCAAACACCUUAGCCCAGGGGCCAAAUGCAGCCCUUCAGAUCUCUGUGUGGCCCUUGAGGCUCACCCCAGCCCACACACCCCUCUCCAGCCGCCCCUUCAUUCCACACCCUCGUUGGCCUGGCCUUGCACCCUCCCAGAGUGUCUUUUGCCUGGCUGGGAUGCGUCCUUGAAUUCUCAUGCCUCUUGCUCGCCUGGAUGGAGGACAGAGGGGUGUGUGUGUGUACGACCUGGGAGACCAGGGUUCGAAUCCCCACACAGCCAUGAAGAUCACUGGGUGACCUUGGGCCAGUCACUGCCUCCGCUUCAGGGGAAGGCAAUGGUAAACACCCUCUGAAUACCGCUUACCAUGAAAACCCUAUUCAUAGGGUCGCCAUAAGUUGGAAUCGACUUGAAGGCAGUCCAUUUCCAUUUACAAAGGUCAAAUUUGCUUUAAUGGCUCUGCCCAUUUUUGCCUCUGGCCUUGCCCCCUGCAGGCAUGUGGGCCUUGCCCCCUGCAGGCAUGUGGGCCUUGGGUGGCACACCUGCCCUAGACUUCUCCCCCAUGACUCUACCCUCCCUUCCGAUGUCUGAUGGAGGCCUUGGUCUGUGUCUCACUGCCAGCGGAAGUGGAGUUGGUCGGUUUGCAAGACAGGGCCGCCUUGGUUGUGGCACCCAGACUGCAGAACUUCCUACCUCCCGGCUGCAGAUGUUACUUUACUUUUUUAUGUACAUUUGUUGAAGGUAAUUUGUUGUUUACUCAUAGCUGGAUUUUAAAUUUGUUGCCUUCAGAAGGCCCCACUUUAUGGGACAAAAAGAUGGGAUAUAAAUGUUUUAAUGCAAGCGGGGAGAGAGAAUCCCAAACUUCCCAUUCAGUUGCCCAGGUCUCUGCGUUUUUUCAAACCAAAGCCCUAGUUCACCACUUUGGCAAGUCCCACCCAAAGUGAAAUUUUUUCUCCCGUUCACCGAACCACUUGAUGUUUGGAAACUUGACUUGGUCUUAUCAUAGGCCCCACCCCCUCCAGUCUGCAGCCUGGUCUAGCAAAUCUAAGCCCCUCCCCUCCCAGGCCCCACCUCCACUGCAGAAUUCCAGUGGCUGAACAAUAGGCCCAACAGCUGCUUCCCUUCUGCCAACCCCAGCCCAGAUGGUUACCUUGUGCUCUGGCGAGUGUUCGUUGAUGGAAAGAGAAUGGACGUGGGGGGGGAUGCAAGGGAUUUGGGCCUUCACUUCCCCACUGAUCUGUAAGUGGUUAAUGGUUGGGCUGUGGCCAGCAGAGAGAAUCUGUGGGAGGCAAUUUGAGUGAGGAAAGAGGAUGAAACAAACAAACAAAAAAUCAAGCAUGAAAGAGAACAAGAGGGAAUGGGAGGGAAAAAUCAGAAUGGCUGCCUGAAUGAACAGCAACAACAAAGGAACAGAGGAAAUGCAGGAACCAAAAGAGAAUGAGCAAGGCAGCGACAGGAGGCUACAAACCCCAAGCCCCAGGGUGGAAGACUCACCAGGUCCUGGUAGAACAUGACCUGCUGCUGACACUGGGGCACAGGGAAUACAGUCGUGGGUGUGACCGACCGCAGGUGCCAGAGAGUGAGUGCUGGGCCCCCGCCACACACCUGAGUGAGGAGGAACGUGGAAGGGAUUGGAGAGGUUAGGGCACCAACCUUCAGCUGUUGGAUUGGAGCCUGCUGCCGGGUUAUGGCCUGAUCUAAAGCAGGUCACAACAGCACUACACUACCAUACAAACACAGAAUCGAGAAAUGGGUCCAAAUGCACGCUUGGGUGAAAUGUGGGUCCUGGGUCUGAAAAAGCUGAAGACUGCUGCCUUAGGAAACCCACAGAUGAUGGAAGCGCUCUCCUCAAGCAAUGCUGAUGGGGGGGAAACCGACACACCAAAUGCUCAUCCACUGCUUCUCACACAAACUUCUCUGCAGUUGUGGAGAAAAACCCAACUGAGGAAACAACAAAUUACUUUUUUAAAAAAAUAUUUUUAAAAGCUAAAGUAACAUCUGCAGCAGGGAGCCAAAUGUGGUCCAUGGUGUAGGAAGCUAUGCAGCCUCUUGCUUAAAACACCAGUUUCAGGAAAGCUGGGCAGAACAGAAAAGGAAAGGGAACCCAACAUUAGAGAUGCUGGGCUAAUGAGUGAACACUGCAUCCUCCCAUUCCUGCAAGACUGUUGUAUCUAGGGUUGCCAGGUCCAGGGCCUGAGACUGAUCCUGUCUCUUUAGGAGAAGA